AUGGAAGUCACUACUGAUGAAGGGUAUUUCCACACGUAUGCCAUUAAAUUCCGGAGUACAAUUAAACCGGAAGAAUUCGAACAGUUUGCAAGCCUUUCAACGGAUCGGGAGCGAUUCACGUUUGUGGACGAGCUGAAAAGGCGCGUAGUGAAUGAAUUACCUCUCGAGCAUUCGUUAGAUAAAGGUAAAUGUUUGGAAAAGGCUCUGCAUCAUAAGGCGAAUGGUGAUCGAUUGCAACGAAAUAAGGAUUGGUUAAAUGCGUUGAAAAGUUACAAUCAGUGCUAUUUGCUUCUCCCGGAAGAAAACGUACUCGAGAAAGCGCACCUUCUGGAUGAUCGAUCGCAGCUACUGCUGAAUCUUGGUAAAUUGGAUCAAUCUUUAGAGGAUGCCGAUCGUGCAAUCGUCUACGGUUAUCCAGUAGAACAGCUGACAACAGUGUGGGAACGCAAAGCACGUAUUUACCAAACCAAGAAGGAUUUCAAGAUGGCUGUUGAAUGUUUCGACAAAGCGAUCCAUUAUCUGAGUCUUCGCUCCAGUUUAACGCCCGAGAAUCGGGACAAAAGGAUUGGGGAAUUGAAAAAACUCGUCGAUACUGUGUACUACCAAUAUAAAAAUGUACAGAAGUACCUAGAACCAGCGAAAGGAAGUCGGUCGUUUCAACCUCAUCUGGAUGGGAGUGUACAGUACGACAGCACAGAAAAGGAGGGUCGUUUCGCUACCACCAAGACCGACAUGCAACCAAAUCGGGUGAUUCUAAAAGAAAAACCACAUGCUGCCACCUUGCUAAAAGAAUACAGUGGAACGCACUGUAGCGAUUGCUUCGAGAGAAUUAACGUGCUGUACUGUUGUCCUGGCUGUACUGAUGUUGUGUUUUGUUCGGGGCGAUGUGAAAAGAAUGGAUGCGCAAGUUAUCAUCAGUAUGAGUGUGGAUAUUUGCGCUCACUGUGGAAUUCGGGUGCUACAAUUGUGAGUUUACUGGCGCUUCGGGUUAUCACACAGAAGCCUUUUUCUUACUUCGACGAAAUGCGACAGAAGUUAUCGGGUUUGGCAGCUAGCCUUACGGAUAAACUCCCAGAUGAAGACUAUCGGAAGAUUUUUAAACUGGUUACACACUCGGAUAAACGUUGCACUGAGGAUUAUCUUAUUUGGACAUUAAUGGCGACCAUGUUGAACUCAGUACUAACGAUGUCGAACUACAAUACAGACAAACAGAAAGAUAACUUCCUGGGAUAUCUGCUGCUGCACAAUCUGCAAAUAAUCAACUACAAUGCACAUGACGUUUCGGAAGUUCAACGCAAACAUUCAAACGAAACGGGAGUAUCUGUCGCCAUAGGAGCAGCGCUAUAUCCAAUGUUGGCACUCUUCAAUCACUCAUGUGAUCCCGGCAUUGUGCGGUACUUUUCCGGCACGACGGUACACGUUCGGACGAUUAAGAACAUCGCUGCCGGUACAAUAAUCGCAGAAAACUAUGGACCACUUUACACACGAAUGUCCCGCCCGGAGCGUCGAAAAUUGUUGGCCACCAAUUACAUGUUUGAAUGUAACUGUCAUGCUUGUGCUGCAGACUGGCCUACAUGCGCGGACAUGAUACACUCGGUAAUACGGUUUCGAUGCACCGGUACCGGUUGCCAGGAGGCAGUGCCAUACAAUCUUCACUCGGAUUGCCAAGGAGUGCGGUGUCACGCCUGUGGACACAUAGUAGACAUCGGCGAUCGGAUUAGAAAGUUGCGGGAAGCUAACAUGAUUGAUCGAUUCAACGAGGCAAGUCAUCUCUAUCAGGUAGGUCUGUUCGAGCACGCACUAUCCAAGUAUGCUGCGAUCAUGAUGAUCCUGGAUCAGGUACUCGUACCACCUUAUCGCGAUUAUCACAUAUGCCAGCAGGGAAUGCGUCGCUGUUGUCUCGAACUCGGUAGUUGUUACAUAUCAUGCCCAAUUAGCAAACAGUAG